UGACACUCACUCAGCUGCUGACGUUCUGAAGACAAAUCCAACAUUUUACAGCUUCCAGACUUUCAUCAGGAUGGUUUUACUGAUUUGUCUGGUUCUUCUCUGGACUUGUCCUGGAUCUGGGUCUAAACUCGACACCAAUAUAAAGUGUGUGGUGAUUAAUCUGGAGUAUGUAAACUGCACGUGGGAUGACGAGGGCCUUCCUCAGGAGAACUGCACUUUCAGAAGCAGGUAUGAAGGAGGUCCUGAAGCUGAAUGCCAGAUGUACCUAAAGGUCAAUGAUCUCAACGUGGGCUGCAGAUUUUCUUACAGCGAAGAGAAGCUGAACAGAUUUACUCUCCUGCAUGCUUGGCUGUACAGCGCUAACGGCAGUGUGGUGGCUGAACAUCACCGUAACCUCAUUAACAUGGUGAAGCUGGAUCCUCCGUACAACCUCACGGUGGAGAUGAAGAACCCUGAGCUUUAUCUUUAUUGGAACAGCAGCAAUAGAACCAAAGCAGUGUGUAAAACUAGCCAAGUUCGGUACAAGAUCAACCACAAAAACUGGCAGCUUCAGAGCGAAAGCACUGAGAGGAACUCCUUCAGUCUGCCGUUCCCGAGCACUCAGAGUCUCUACGAGUUCCAGGUGAGGGUGAAGAUGUCAGAUACCUGCGGCAAGUCGGAGAUGUGGAGCGCCUGGAGCGAGUCGGUGUACUGCGGCUCCAUGAAGAACGUCAACGACACAGAUAUAAAGUGUGUGGUGAUUAAUCUGGAGUAUGUAAACUGCACGUGGGAUGACGAGGGCCUUCCUCAGGAGAACUGCACUUUCAGAAGCAGGUAUGAAGGAGGUCCUGAAGCUGAAUGCCAGACGUACCUAAAGGUCAAUGAUCUCAACGUGGGCUGCAGAGUUUCUUACAGCGAAGAGAAGCUGAACAGAUUUACUCUCCUGCAUGCUUGGCUGUACAGCGCUAACGGCAGUGUGGUGGCUGAACAUCACCGUAACCUCAUUAACAUGGUGAAGCUGGAUCCUCCGUACAACCUCACGGUGGAGAUGAAGAACCCUGAGCUUUAUCUUUAUUGGAACAGCAGCAAUAGAACCAAAGCAGUGUGUAAAACUAGCCAAGUUCGGUACAAGAUCAACCACAAAAACUGGCAGCUUCAGAGCGAAAGCACUGAGAGGAACUCCUUCAGUCUGCCGUUCCCGAGCACUCAGAGUCUCUACGAGUUCCAGGUGAGGGUGAAGAUGUCAGAUAUCUGCGGCAAGUCGGAGAUGUGGAGCGCCUGGAGCGAGUCGGUGUACUGCGGCUCCAUGAAGAACGUCAACGACACAGAUAUAAAGUGUGUGGUGAUUAAUCUGGAGUAUGUAAACUGCACGUGGGAUGACGAGGGCCUUCCUCAGGAGAACUGCACUUUCAGAAGCAGGUAUGAAGGAGGUCCUGAAGCUGAAUGCCAGACGUACCUAAAGGUCAAUGAUCUCAACGUGGGCUGCAGAGUUUCUUACAGCGAAGAGAAGCUGAACAGAUUUACUCACCUGCAUGCUUGGCUGUACAGCGCUAACGGCAGUGUGGUGGCUGAACAUCACCGUAACCUCAUUAACAUGGUGAAGCUGGAUCCUCCGUACAACCUCACGGUGGAGAUGAAGAACCCUGAGCUUUAUCUUUAUUGGAACAGCAGCAAUAGAACCAAAGCAGUGUGUAAAACUAGCCAAGUUCGGUACAAGAUCAACCACAAAAACUGGCAGCUUCAGAGCGAAAGCACUGAGAGGAACUCCUUCAGUCUGCCGUUCCCGAGCACUCAGAGUCUCUACGAGUUCCAGGUGAGGGUGAAGAUGUCAGAUACCUGCGGCAAGUCGGAGAUGUGGAGCGCCUGGAGCGAGUCGGUGUACUGCGGCUCCAUGAAGAACGUCAACGACACAGAUAUAAAGUGUGUGGUGAUUAAUCUGGAGUAUGUAAACUGCACGUGGGAUGACGAGGGCCUUCCUCAGGAGAACUGCACUUUCAGAAGCAGGUAUGAAGGAGGUCCUGAAGCUGAAUGCCAGAUGUACCUAAAGGUCAAUGAUCUCAACGUGGGCUGCAGAUUUUCUUACAGCGAAGAGAAGCUGAACAGAUUUACUCUCCUGCAUGCUUGGCUGUACAGCGCUAACGGCAGUGUGGUGGCUGAACAUCACCGUAACCUCAUUAACAUGGUGAAGCUGGAUCCUCCGUACAACCUCACGGUGGAGAUGAAGAACCCUGAGCUUUAUCUUUAUUGGAACAGCAGCAGUAGAACCAAAGCAGUGUGUAAAACUAGCCAAGUUCGGUACAAGAUCAACCACAAAAACUGGCAGCUUCAGAGCGAAAGCACUGAGAGGAACUCCUUCAGUCUGCCGUUCCCGAGCACUCAGAGUCUCUACGAGUUCCAGGUGAGGGUGAAGAUGUCAGAUACCUGCGGCAAGUCGGAGAUGUGGAGCGCCUGGAGCGAGUCGGUGUACUGCGGCUCCAUGAAGAACGUCAACGACACAGAGACGCACUCCGGUUCUUCGGCCGCUCUGAUGAUUCUGUACACGGCUGGAGCUGCUGUGGUCCUCGUCAUACUGUCCUGCCUGCUGGUCCACAGUGAGAGGCUGAGGGUCAUCCUCGUCCCCGUGGUCCCCAACCCUGGCAAGAACUUCGCAGAUCUGAUCGACAACUACGGCGGAAACGUGGAGAACUGGCUGAGCAUCUCCAAAGAGCUGCAGGACGGAUUUAAGCCCAACUUCACCGAGCGCACCUGUCCGGUUCGGGAGUACAGGCUGGUUUCACAGAGCAGCUCUGACAGCGACAACUCUCUGUCCAGCCUGACCGACGUCUCCACCGAUUACCAGCCCAUGCACAGCUACUCCUCCGCCUCCACCCUGCCGGCCCCCGCCGAGACCACCCAGACUACGCCCACCGCCCCCAGCGUGCUGUAACCCUGCGUCCCGCGUCGCAAAAGCUGAUCACUGUAAAAAAAUCACUCUUUUAAUGCACAAAACACGAGGAAUGAAAUACAGCAGAGGCCGCGCGAUGACCGGAGACUGGACGGACGGCCUUUUCUCAGCGCUGAGCUCAGAGCGAACCGCUUCACCGCUCAUGGUGAAGAUUAGCGAUACGGCAAGGAUUCAGCAUCAUGGUAGUUCUUUUUCCUGGUGUCUGGAAUUCGACAAAAUGCUGAGAAAUCAUGAAGAAAAAAUUCAGCAGGAAAGAGAAACGGACUGAUACACGCGCGCCUGCAUAACGAGACGGCGCGGCUAUUCUGCAGUUUACAGUUACUCAGCGCUGCUUGCUGUUAUUUACAGGGUCUUUAUAAUUGGCCUGUGUCUUUAUGAUCUGUACAUUUAUUUACUGCAUUUGCCGCUUUGGCGCUUUUCAUAUCGUUACAUUUCUUUUUUUGUGAUGUUGGAAAAAAUGCUGGAGAGACAUUUAAGCUCUUUGUGAUUGGUCUAAAUCUUAGUUAACAAGUUAAAGGGGGACCAACAUUUUCCCAUAAUUCAGUGUAAUCAGAGGUUCAGAGGGUUUGGUGUGAAACGGUCCAGACGUCUUUACAGUGGUGGUGAUGGGAACCAGGCGUCGCCAUGACUACAACACAGAUAUAGACACUUUAUUUACCAUCCAGA